AGAAGGAGGCACACUGUGUAUUGAGGUUGGUACAGUUUAGCAAAUACAGAGAAAGUGAGGCAGGGCACCUUGUGUUCAUCAGAGUUUUAUCGUUGUCUAAGUUUAGAUCUUGGCUUGCAGAAUGCAUCUCAAGUAACAAGGCUGCUCACUCACUUUAGUAGCACCACAAUCCAGACAAAAACAGGGCUUUACACAGAGCUUUAAAGGAAGACAAACACAGAAAAGUGGCAAGUCAUUGAAGAAUAAGAGUAGAGGCGGGGCUAUCAAAGCCCAGCAGAGUCAUAUAGUGAAAAAUCUCAAACAGGAGGCAAACACAGAGAGACCUAAGGCAGAACCAGGACUAUUCUCUGUAAGAAAACAACUCUUCACCACAUAAGUUUACCGUUUUUUCUACCUGGACAAUGACAGAGAAUGUAGAAGAUCAAGUCAACUUCUCUCAAACCUCUGGGUCUGAGCAACAGACACCGCAUUUUCUACGAGAUGUCAUCUUCCACGGCAAGUUUAAGCGGCUGAAGGCUCUAACUCCAGAGGAAAAUACCCGCUCCCAGCAUGGGCUCUUCUUCCAGGAUGGUCAACGGCGUGUUGACUACGUGCUCACCUAUGCCGUGAAGAAGUCGAGUGGAAGCCACUCCACUCGCCAGUCAGUGCAUCUCCUCACUGAGAAUGUUGUUACCCGCAGCUUCCGCCAUGGUCCUCAGAGUGGUGGCGAAAAGCUCCGAGCCAAGCAAACACAAAGGACGAAAGACUCAUCCUCCGUACAUUCAUCGACGGUUAUCGACAUGGAGUUGGGCUGUUCAGGAGAAAUCUUCAAUAGCCAGGAGGAUCAGAAGGCAUUCAGACGAGAGGAGUUUGAAGGAAAACUGAGAGACAUGGGGCUAGAGCUGGAAAAAGAUGAAGAUGGCAAGAUUCCAGGAGUGUACUUUGUGAAAAUACAUGCUCCCUGGAACAUUCUGUGUCGAGAAGCCGAAUUCAUGAAGUUAAAGAUGCCCACCAAAAAAGUCUAUGAGGUCAAGCAGUCAAACAGUAUUGUGGAGAAGAUCAGUACUCUGAUUAGUAAAAUUCUGGAGCCCCUCCACCCACAUGUUGAGGAACAUCAACCCAAGAACGUCAAACACCUGUCACACACGUUCUCUAGGGAAAAGCAACACCUAUUUGACCUAUCAGACAAAGAUUACUUCUUCGACAGCAAAACCAGGAGUUCAAUAGUUUUUGAAAUACUAAAAAGAACAAAAUGCAAGGCCAAGUACAGCAUGGGUAUCACCAGUCUCCUUGGUAGUGGGGUGUAUACUGCAGCUUAUCCUCUUCAUGAUGGAGACAUUGAUGAGGAGAGUGCAGACCCCAAUGACAGAAAGCUUUUAUAUGAGGAGUGGGCAAACUACAGCGUAUUCUACAAGUACCAGCCAAUCGGACUUGUGCGGAAGUAUUUUGGUGAGAAGAUUGGGCUGUACUUUGCUUGGCUAGGCCUGUAUACCCAGAUGCUGAUUCCUGCCUCACUAGUGGGGGUCAUUGUCUUUUUGUAUGGAUGUGCCACAGUUGAUGACAACAUUCCAAGCAUGGAGAUUUGUCAUCCAAGGAACAACAUCACCAUGUGUCCACUGUGUGACAGAGUAUGCAGCUACUGGAAACUUAGCACCGCCUGUGGGACUGCCCGGGCAAGUCAUCUGUUUGACAAUCCUGCCACAGUUUUCUUCUCUAUAUUCAUGGCUCUCUGGGCUGCCAUGUUCAUGGAGCAUUGGAAAAGGAGGCAGAUGAGACUCAACUAUGAAUGGGACCUUACAGGGUUCGAGGAUGAGGAAGAAGCUCUCAAGGAUCACCCCAGGGCUGAGUACGAAUUCAAAGUAAUGCAAAAGUCUCUAAGGAAACGUCAAAAGUCCCAGGACAAGAUAGAAAAGCUUACAUUUCAGGACCGUCUGCCUGCCUACAUGACUAACAUCGUCAUGAUGUUGUUAAUGAUUGGUGUUACAUUUGCCAUUGUGUUUGGUGUGAUCCUCUACCGCAUCUCCACCAAAGCUGCUCUUCAUAUGAGUUCCAGUCUGAUCACAAGGAACCAUGUGCAGCUGACAGUUAAAACCACUGCAGCCAUCAUCAACCUUGUGGUCAUCCUUAUACUGGAUGAGGUAUAUGGAGCUGUGGCACGAUGGCUUACUGUAUUAGAGGCUCCUAAAACUGACAAGAGUUUUGAGGAGAGACUCAUCUUCAAGACCUUCAUUCUCAAGUUUGUUAAUGCAUUUGCCCCAAUCAUCUACAUUGCUUUCUUCAGGGGAAGACUUGUAGGCAGGCCAGGCAGCUACCUAUAUGUGUUUGACUCUUACAGAAUGGAAGAGUGUGCUCAUGGAGGCUGUCUGAUGGAGCUGUGUAUCCAGCUGAGUAUCACCAUGUUGGGAAAGCAACUUAUCCAGAACAACCUUUUUGAGAUUGGAAUACCCAAACUGAAGAAACUGAUUCGAUACAUUCGGUCAAAGCAAGGAGCUUUUCAGGAAGAAGAGAGACAGAAGAAGUUGACGAGAUAUGAAACCGACCAUUUUCUGGAGCCAUUUGGUGGAUUAACUCCUGAAUAUAUGGAAAUGAUCAUCCAGUUUGGUUUUGUUACAUUGUUUGUGGCAUCCUUCCCGCUGGCUCCACUCUUUGCUCUGCUCAACAACAUCAUUGAAAUACGACUUGAUGCCAAGAAAUUUGUGACGGAGCUGCGAAGACCAGUGGCAGCAAGAGCUAAAGACAUCGGAAUAUGGUACAACAUACUGAGAGGGGUAGCAAAGGUUGCUGUCAUCAUUAACGCAUUCGUUAUCUCCUUCACAUCAGACUUCAUCCCUCGGAUGGUUUACCAGUACAUGUACAGUCCUGAUGGCUCCAUGCAUGGAUUUGUCAACCAUACACUGUCUUAUUUUAAUGUCAGCCACUUCCAGGAUGGCAAAGAACCCAUGGAUCCAUCACACUUUGGCUACCCUGUUGUAAUAUGCAGGUAUAAAGACUACAGAGAACCACCUUGGUCAAACACACCAUAUGAGCUAUCCAAGGAAUUCUGGGCAGUGCUGGCUGUCCGUCUGGCUUUUGUUAUUGUUUUCCAGAACGUUGUGAUGCUCAUGAAUGACAUUGUUGACUGGCUAAUCCCAGACAUCCCAAAAGAUAUCAGCCUGCAGAUCCACAAGGAGAAGAUUUUAUUGGUAGAGCUGUUCAUGAAAGAAGAGCAGGGCAAGAGCUAUAUCAUUGACAGCAGCACUUCAACAGAUGGAAAGGAAAACUGCAGCAAACACAACAACAACAGCAAAGUGGCGCCCCCACGCUCCCGACGGCAUACCAACAGCACCAAAAGCUUCUAACAGCCAUGCUAGCAGCUAUGGCUAGUAGCUAUUAGUUUAAUUGUUGUUAGCAUGUCGAAGCUUGCUAUUAGUUCUCUCUCAGGACAGACUAAAUUGUAUGUAAAUUGUAUGUUUUCUUAAUAUUCUUAACAUUCCAAUGACUGGGACAGCAGUUGGCCAAAGAGAUGUGAGAAAAUUAAAUCUGUGGCCAAAUAUGUUGCAUGUUUUUGUUGAGCUGUGAAACUCUGUCACUCCAUGUGUGCACCCUCAAAUGUAUUUAUGUGCUUAAGAAUGUCUGAUUGUGUACUCAAAUUAAUGACUUUGUAAAUCAAAAUGUAAACGUGUAUUCAUUCUUACAUGCAUUACAGCUGAAAUUUUUUAUAUAAUCCUUUAAAUACUCACAAAUGUUAGAAUAUGCACAAAAAUGAUGACAAAUUGUGUGCAUAAUUUUUUUUUACCAGCAUACACAUUAGAAUCAGAAAAUGUGAAUUCAAAGAAAUCAAUAUAGAAACUUCAUUAAACUGUGACUAAUCAAAAUUUACAACCUGCUGUUAGAAAAUAAACAUUAAAGAGAAAACAUUUUUAACUCGCUGUAUGGAACAAAAUUUAAAUCCAGGAUUUUUUUUUUUUAUUAAAUUCUCCUUGAAUAACACAGGUCUGCAACCAAAAAACUGAAUAGGAUUUGUUUGACUGAAACUGGGAAAAAUAUUUUUAAAAUUCCAAAAACCUGGUAUCCUAUACUUGAGUCAAAAAACCAUAUCCAGUAACGUUUUCUAAAAGCAAGAGAAUAGAAAAUGCGAGGAAUUGAGAAGGGGGCGUAUACUGGGAGUUUGCGCUGUGAGGAGCUCAGAUGGUCCAUGUCCCAUUCUUCAAGACAUCCCAACAGAUCUAUUUUGUUCAGUGGUAAGGAAUCUCAGAUAAAUUAUGCAAAAUUAGUUAAUUGUAAUAAAAUAUUGAUUUUUUUCAUUGCUGUUGUGAUUUCUUUUUAAUGUAAACUCCUCAUGAUUUGCAAAAACACUAUGUGAUGGAGGGAAAUUGAGAUCAUUUUUAGAUUCAGCACCCUAAAAUAUCAUUUUUAUUUUCUUUUGCAGACCUGUGUAAUCAGGCCUCAUCUUAAAGAAGACCUCACUCCAAUGCAGUUCACUCUCAGACUGCCUUGUUUAUAUGUAGACCUUUAAAGCCCAAAUCAUGAUUUUUUAUUUUUAUUUUUUGGAAAAUUGAGUUUUUGAGGAUCCUUGUGACAAUUUCUUAAGAAAUGAAAUUUGAAUUUGCAUAUAUUCGUUUUCAUUUUUAACUUCUUUGUUACCUCCAGUUUUGGAGGUCCUACACUGAUUAUGUAGAAGUCUCAAAUCGUAUGCAUCAUAUAUGAUAAAUUUGCCUUUAAAGGGUUGAAAGUUGAAUGUAUACACCACUCUGCAUUUAAUCAGCAUGCAAUAUCUGAAAUUUUCUGUUUUCAUCAGUUUUCAGACUACUGCAGCAUAUUUUAAAAGGGGUUAUGUGCUGUAAAAGACAAAAGAAAGACAAAAAAGACAAAAGAAAGGUUUCAUUAGAGGCAUAGCUAAGUAUUUUGCAGUUUGGUACAAUUUGCACACUGUGGGUGCACCGUCACUCCCACCCCGUGCUGUCAGGGUUGGGAGUGAUGGGGAUGACAGCUCAGUGGCAUCGUCUUGUCACUGAAUCCUUCCACUGGGUCAAGAGGACAUGCCAGAACAGAGCUGGCCUUCUUGAUCAGCCUGUUCAGUUUCUCCCUUACCCAGUGGAGAUACUGCUGCCCCAGCAGAGAACACCAUAAAAGAUUACUGAUGCUCACUGAUGAGUCUGGCUGGAGUCCAGUUGUUCCAGUUGUUGGAGUCCUGAGGCCCCAGUCUCCAAGCUGUCGCUGAUGACUACCAAGGUAAAAUUUACGGGGUCUGGCAGUACGUUAUUUGCUCGGGGCAACCCAGUCACAAUUUGGGCAUGUACAUGUGGUGACCCACAGUUGGGAGCAUUUAAAAACAGUUUUUUCAUCCAAAUCCCAAAAGGUUGAUUCUGGUAAUCUGGAUGUAACAUUUUCAGUGGAUGAAAUGUUUCAUCACUCACCCAAGUGACUUCCUCAGUCUCAGCUGACUGCAGGUUCCCCCAACCUUAUAAACAUUACAUUGCAAUAGUAAAAUGCACUGUUUAUACAAUUAAAGAAAUUGUUACAACAGUAGGAGUGGGAAAAUCUGAAUUUUGGUACAUGCUGAGAAAGAAAGAAAGCACUGGUGAAUUCAGUAAUGCAAAAAGACUUGGACGUCCACGGAACACAGUUGUGGUGGAUCAAGCCAUAAAAUCCCUAAACCCUAAAAGCCAUAAAAAUGAACAACACUUUCUGGGAGGUAAGCAUAUCAACAUCCAUAUCUACCAUAAAGAGAAGAUUGCAUUAAAGUAAAUACAGAGGAUUCACUGCAAAGGGGAAGCCACUCAUAUGCCUCAAGAAUAGAAAGGCUAGAUUGGACUUUGCUAGAAACAUUUAAUAAAGCCAGCACAGUACUGGAAAAACAUUCUUUGUACAGAUGAAACCAAGAUCAACCUCGACCAGAAUGAUGGCAAGAAAAAAGUAUGGAGAAGGUGUGGAACAGCUCACGAUCCAAAUCACAUCAUCUGUAAAACAGUGUGAUGGUUUGAGCGUGUAUGGCUGCCAGUGGCACUGGGACACUAGUGUUUAUUGAUGAUGUGACACAGGACAGAAGCAGCCGAAUGAAGUCUGAGGUGUUCAGACAUACUGUCUGCUCAAAUCCAGCUACGUGCAGAUGAACUGAUGGGAGUCGUUUCAUGACAUUAUGUCACCGGGUUGGUUGGUUGCGGCUAAUAAACUUACUGUUAGGUAUUUUAGUACCAUGGGAGCAUUUACUGGAUAUUGUUUUAUAGUGACAUUAUACAGGACAACUCUGUCAUUCAAUAAGGCCCCUUUGUUUUAGUUAUUUUUCUCUUUGACCCAAGAAUUGAUGUGUGAGAAUCACAGGCUGGUACAAGGUUGAAAUACCACAGAGAUCACUCCCUCAGCUACAUUAGUUUCUAAAUCUCUUAGGAGACGCCUGUUGAAGGCCAGAUGGUUUGUUUCAGAAUUCACUAAUGAAAGAACUCUUUAUUUCGUGCCUUGAAAAUAUGUCGCUGAGAUAAUCACAAUUGUAGCUGAACUGAUAAACUAUACAAACGGUGCUUCUUCACCCAAGGGCAGGAAGACGCUCCCUUAUCUUGGUCUGUACUGGUUUAAACUGAGAAUGUGCUGACUCAUGAAUUUUUCCCUCUAUAUAAACUGUUGUACUUGAGAAUAAAGUUGAGUCGAUUUGGGAAGACAA